UGCGUCACUUCCUGUUCAAAGCUACAUGAUGGCGGUGUCCAUGACAGCACUGGCACAUUGACUUCGCCUGGAGUUGUGCAGCUCACCCUCUCCAUAAACUACUCUGGGGACAUUUGUCAGUAGAUGACCUUAAGCGAAACCAUUGUCACUGAAUAUUUAAUGAACUGAAUCGCAGAUCAUGGCGCUCCACAGACUGUCCUUCAGGCUUCGGCAAACGGUAACGCAUGUAAGGCCCCUUCAUACCAGUGGAUGUGGGCAACAACAGCAGCAACAGCAGCAGGAUGCUGUGGCUGUGGAGUCAGAACCUGAGCCCUUCUCAGUUUUCAGAGCACAGGAGAAUGAUCCGGCAUGUCAGUCAGAGAAACAUAUCGGACAGUAUUACACCCUGCCGUCUGCACACCUCCGCACUCUGUUCCCUCACAGCCUCCCUUGGCGCUAUCAACAACAGGUGAAGACGUUUAACGAAGCCUGUGUGAUGGUGAGGCAGCCAGCUCUAGAGGUCAUAUCUUACCUGAAGAAAACCGACUACAGCAAGCCUUCUCUGCGAUAUUUAUUCUAUGGGUUGAAGGGCAGCGGGAAGACAAUGUCUCUCUGUCACACAGUCCACUUCUGCUACACACAAGGAUGGCUGGUGUUGCAUGUUCCUGAUGCUCACCUCUGGGUGAAAAACUGUAAAGAGCUGCUGCCCUCAUCUUAUAACACCUCUCGCUUUGAUCAGCCGUUACAAGCCACUGACUGGUUACGCAACUUCAGAAUCACCAAUGAGCACUUCCUUUCAAAGAUAAAGACAAAGCAGCGCUAUGUGUGGACAAAGAGAGAGUUCACUGAGCAGGGAAGUCCACUAGGAGAGCUGGUGGAUCAGGGUAUAUCUCGUGUGAAGAGCAGCAGUGAUGUGGUGGGGGCGGUGAUGAAGGAGCUAAGGCUGCAGAGUGGGCAGCCAGAGUCUGACUUCCGCCUGGCCGUGGCUGUGGAUGGUGUCAACGCCCUGUGGGGAAGAUCCACCAUCAAGAAGGAGGAUAAGAGUGCUGUGGAUCCGGAGGAGCUCACUUUGGUUUAUAACCUGAAGAAGCUGAUGACGAACGACUGGACUGGAGGCGCCAUCAUCACCACUGUGUCUCAGACGGGGUCUCUCUACACUUCAAAAUCUGCUUACUUGCCUCAAGAGCUGCUGGGAGAGAGGGGGUUUGACAGCAUGGACCCGUUCAUCCCGGUGUCGGUGCCCAACUACAGCGAGAAGGAGUUUGAGAGCUGUUACCUCUACUUUAUGGACCGCCAGUGGCUGCAGCAUCCACAAAGUCGAACAGAGGAAGGAAAGAAAGAACUCAUCUUCUUAAGCAACAGAAAUCCAUCAAUGUUGGACAGAAUUUGUGCCUUCCUAUGAAGCUAGAAGAAGACACAAAUCUCUCUCACACACACACACACACACACACACACACACACACACACACACACACACACACACACACACACACACACACACACACACACACACACAAA